UGGACCACACCUGCUCAUCAGGAAGCUACAGUUAAAUACUUCAAGCUCCAACGUGCUUGCAAAGAAAUACAGCGUCUGAAUAUAGAAGUCCGUCGUCUGCGCACGGCAAUACAUGAUGAAAAAACCAAGACCAUUGCAACAAUUGACCAACUCCUCAUCACAAAUUCCCUGCUUGCCGUGGAGUUGAGAAGGAGGUGGCAGGCACGUGCUGCUGUCAAUGCUGUCCAUCUUUACCAACUAGAUCGAAUUGAGUCACAACCUGCAUUUUCGGGC